UCCCAGGCGGGCGCCGAGGGCCCGCACCUGUCGCUGCAGGGGAGCUGCCAGCGCCCUCCCCGCCCCCCCGCGCGGCCCGGGCCCUCGGCCCCCGGCUGGCGCAGCGCGCUCUAUUUAUAUCGCUGGGCCCAGACAGGCCCAUAUUGGGCAGUGCCCGCCGGCCCAGCCCGCUCGCUGCCCUGCCCCGCCCCGGCCGGCCCGGUCUGCGCGGCCACCGGGCCAGGUCACGGCGCCAUCGCUGCGGCCUCUGCGGAGCGGUGGGGCCGUGCCUCGAGCCGGGGAUCAGCAGCUAGUGUACAACAUAAGUGAACUGGACAAUUUCAGAAAGUAUGCAGUGCUCACUAUGGAAACAGGAUUCUUUUCUUUCCAUCAGGAGUGUUCCAGGACAUCUCUGUUGCUUUGUGAAUAAUCAGAAAUGCAAAUAGCCCCUCAAGAAUCCAGCUAAAUUUGAAGACGUCGUACUUAGAAACAUUGAAAAGUGUAUCAUGGAGUGCAAGACUGAGGGAAAAGAAAAAUACCAACAUAGUUUGAACUUACUGAAUCAAGUUAAGAACAUGAGAGAAUUAGCAGAAAUGAUCGAUGUAGUACUGAUAGCAGAAGGGGAGAAAUUUCCUUGCCACCGGCUGGUCCUGUCUGCAUUUAGUCCCUAUUUCAAAGCUAUGUUCACCUGUGGACUACUUGAAUGUACUCAGAGGGAAGUCAUACUUUAUGACAUCACAGCAGAAAGUGUGUCUGUGAUAUUGAAUUACAUGUACAAUGCGUCUUUAGAAAUCAAUAAUGCCAAUGUACAGACUGUAGCUAUGGCUGCCUAUUUUAUGCAGAUGGAAGAAAUCUUUAGUGUGUGUCAAAAAUAUAUGAUGGACCAUAUGGAUGCCUCAAACUGUGUAGGUAUCUAUUAUUUUGCAAAGCAGAUAGGAGCUGAAGAUUUAUCUGAUCAAUCGAAGAAAUAUUUAUAUCAGCACUUUGCUGAGGUAAGCUUACAUGAAGAAAUACUAGAAAUCGAAGCACACCAAUUUCUGAAACUUAUCAAAUCAGAUGACCUUAACAUAUCGAGAGAAGAGAGCAUUCUGGACUUAGUCCUGAGGUGGGUAAAUCAUAACCAAGAAAUGCGCACAGAGCAUCUUGUUGAGCUUUUGAAGCAGGUCAGAUUGGAACUUAUAAAUCCUUCUUUUUUAAGACAAGCCCUAAAAAGGAACACAAUGCUUCUAUGUGAUGCAAAUUGCAUUGACAUAAUUCAAAAUGCAUUCAAAGCCAUCAAGACCCCCCAGCAGCACUCUCUAAAUCUUCGUUAUGGCAUGGAGACUACUAGUCUGUUGCUUUGCAUUGGCAACAAUUCUUCAGGAAUCAGGUCAAGACAUAGGAACUAUGGGGACGCCAGUUUUUGUUUUGAUCCUGUUUCACGGAAGACCUAUUUUGUCUCCUCUCCCAAGUAUGGAGAGGGCUUGGGAACCGUGUGUGCUGGUGUGGUCAUGGAAAACAACACCAUAAUUGUGGCUGGAGAAGCAAGUGCCUCUAAACUCUCUAGACAAAAAAACAAGAAUGUUGAAAUCUAUAGGUAUCAUGAUAGAGGAAACCAGUUUUGGGAAAAGUUAUGCACAGCUGAAUUUCGAGAGCUAUAUGCUCUGGGCAGUGUCCAUAAUGACCUCUAUGUUAUAGGAGGACAGAUGAAAGUUAAAAACCAGUAUCUCAUUACAAACUGUGUCGAUAAGUAUUCUGUAGAACGGGACAGUUGGAGAAGGAUGUCUCCCCUUCCACUGCAGUUGGCAUGUCAUGCCGUAGUAACAGUGAAUAAUAAGCUUUAUGUGAUCGGAGGCUGGACCCCUCAGAUGGAUCUUCCUGAUGAAGAACCAGAUCGACUCAGCAACAGACUGUUGCAGUAUGACCCCAGCCAAGAUCAAUGGACAGACCGGGCGCCCAUGAAGUUCUCUAAGUACCGAUUCAGUACAGCUGUAGUCAACAGUGAGAUUUAUGUUUUAGGUGGAAUUGGCUGUGUAGGUCGAGACAAAGGCCAGGUUCGAAAGUGCCUUGAUGUGGUGGAGAUCUAUAACCCUGAUGGGGACUUCUGGAGAGAGGGCCCACCUAUGCCAAGUCCCCUACUCUCCCUUCGAACCAAUUCUACCAACGCAGGAACAGUGGAUGGGAAGCUCUAUGUCUGCGGGGGAUUCCACGGAGCAGAUAGACAUGAAGUUAUCUCCAAAGAAAUAUUGGAGCUGGACCCAUGGGAAAACCAAUGGAAUGUUGUAGCCAUCAAUGUCCUCAUGCAUGACAGUUAUGAUGUCUGCCUGGUGGCCAGGAUGAACCCCCGAGACCUCAUCCCCCCACCUUCAGAUCUGGUGGAAGAAGGCAGUGAGCACUGAAGUCAGUGUUCACUGUAGGACCUCCUGCUAUGUUUGCACAGGAGGCAUUAGGGAUGGAGAGAGCCCAUAGGCACCAGCCAGUCACCCCAAACGUGUGUGUGGCAUACUUAGCAACCCAUGUGCGAAGCAGUGUAUGCUGGGUGCUAUGAUAGGGAGUGUGCAGAGUCUGUGCUCAGGGACCUCCAGUUGGCUGGGAUGGACCAGACAUUACAAGGUCAAAUGUGGCAACAACACAGGGAGCACACAAGGUGAGUAGUAUCAUAGGAAUGAAGAGAUGGAGGGACCUCACGCUGCUGGGGACUCAAGGACAACAUUGCCAAGGAAUAGGCCUUUUACUGGGGCCUUGAAUGGUGAGGUGAGGAAGAAGCAGUCCCAUGGGUGCAGCUCAUGGGGGACAUCACAGAGACAGCUGAGCAACGGCCUAAAGCUGGGUCUGAUUGCCUGGGCUAUAGGCUCUGCUUCUAAGGCUGGAAAAAGAGGUUGUAGAUAAGUGAUCAACACUUGGAAAACCAAGGACUUUGGACCUGGUCUCCAAGCAGGGGAAUCAUCUCAACAUCUUCUGAAGUUAAAAGAAGAUUUCUCUUUGUGUUCUGUUCCAGUUUCAGUCUUACAGAGACUUUCUAUUCUGGUGUAGAACACUCUUCUACUUCAGUGGCAUUGCCCAAAAUGGGGCUAGCAGUGGACUGCAAGUUCCAAACAGCCCAGGCACUCAAGCUCGACCACAGUGAGCAAAGAAACUGCACCCUCAGCCAGGUCAGGGACAGGGAUGGGGAGCUCUGCUGUCCUGGCCCACUCUGUGAGUGUCCUGGACUAGACUUAUCCAAGCUGCCCUUAAGCACACAUGACCUCCUGCAAAUUGGCCCUGGCUGCAUGCAACUGGCCUAAGCCAUGGAUAGACCAGGCUCUGGAGUGGAGGAGAGAGGAGGUCCAUCCUCUGGGCUGCCUGCUGCCUGCCGUCUUACCCAACCUUUGUAAUAUCUUCCCCAAGAUUGGAACUAGAGAUGGAGCUGCCUGCUUCAGCUCACAGUUGAGCAUGAUCAGAAAACAGCCACUCCCAGAAUAUAUUGUGGAGUUGACAUUUAAAUGACACACGAGGAAUCCAUCUAUUUUACUUGCCAUCCAAACCUCUGGAAGCACAGUGGAUUCAAAGACUGCAUUUUGGUAGCUGUUCCUCAAAAACUUCUCCAGAGUUUCCCAUUGCACAGGGCUCUUUUUUAAACAGGAAUGGUCAGUAAAUUCCCUAGAACUUUCCCAGAGGGAGACAAUGCUAGAUUGAGAUAGCUCUUCUCUGAUGCAGAGCUAUGUGACCGUGAUGUCCGUCAGUGCAUCCUCCCAGGUCCCAGCUGUUAAACCAGGCAGAUGAGGCAGGUCUAUGGAAGCUGGAGCCAGAUGGAAACCUGCUUCUGCCACCAUGAAGAGGAUCCCCACUUAGACCCAGUGCGGGUCGUCCCCAGGUAGGCCAGACUUCCUAAAGUCAAGGGCUGUGUCUGUCACUUUGCAGUUGUGCUACUUGGAACCUACAGUGAUACAUCUUCUAGAUGCAUUGGGUUCAAGAUCGAGGCUCUAGUGCCAGGGUUCCUAAUUAGCUAACUAUGUGAUCUUGGGCCAGGCAACCUUUCCAAAGCCUAUUUUCUCCAUAUGCAGAAAGGGAAGAAAAAUCAUUUUUAGAGCUGGUAUGAGGACUGAGUGAGAGAAUGCUGAGCAAAGUGCCGGUCAGAUACUAAAAUACUAAACAGGCUUUAGCUGCCAUUAUUUCUAGUAUCAUUAUCACUGUAAUCUGCGUUGUCCAAAGCAUAGUGCCCACAACAACCCACUGCUUGAGUGGACUCUCGUGGGAUGGAGAGGAGCUGUGCAUUUCAUUUGAGAUAGUUCUUAAUUUCCCAGACUCGGCCGCUCAGCUCCUCCAGGUGGUGUGCAGAUAAAUAAGCAUCAGCAUCUGUUUUAAGCGUGCUUCUUGUCUGACUUUCAUAUUUGUAAUUAAAAACAAGAUAUCUCUACCCUCCUGCUGUCGGAUAUUGUCAGAGAUUCACCUUUGGACUCCUACCGCUCCUGUUUUCGUUUCUUCAUGGGGGGACAUGUAUGUCAUGGACCACUCUUAAAAAACUUCGACUGUUUGCCAGUUCAUGUCUUUGCAAGGCAGGAUUUCUAGACACUGAGCACAGAACAUAGCAGGGAAAUGAUCUGGAGGCUAAGGCUGGCAAGAGAUGGCAGCUGUCAGUACACCUGGGUCCUGCCUAUGCCCACCAACAAAGUGCCACUGUUCUCACCAAAUUGACUUUAUAAUGAGCAAAUGCUUUCAAUUUGACCUUGCAAAAUAAAAAUGUACUAAUGAAA